AUGCCAGGCCGCCCAAGGAUGCCGGCAAGCCUGCGCAAUACCUUCACCGUCAAGAAAGGAGGCUCCAGCAGCCAAUUACUGUCGCUGAAUAUUGAUUUGUUCCGCAACCUCAUCUUCUUUCUAUUUCUUCUGCGAUGGACUAGGAAAGGGCUACUAAAGUUGAAGGGCAGAGGACUGUUGGGUACUUUUGCAGAUACUUAUAUCUCGAUCCGCCGUACCCUUUAUGGACUCUUCCUCCGCGCGCCGGGCGUUCGAUCGCAGGUCGAGAAGCAGGUCACUGAAGCGAUCACGAAGUUGCAAACGAAGUUGAUUCCCACCGGCCCUGGUGUAGUUCGAUACUUAACAUUGCCGAAGGAAGGAUGGUCGGAUGAAACGGUGCUGAAGGAGUUGGAAACGCUCGCCUCGAUGGACCAUACAAAAUGGGAGGACGGUUAUGUCUCGGGAGCUGUGUAUCAUGGCGGGGACGCGUUAAUUAAGCUGCAAACGGAGGCAUUCGGGAAGUUUACUGUCGCAAAUCCGAUUCAUCCGGAUGUCUUCCCUGGGGUAAGGAAGAUGGAGGCAGAGAUCGUGGCUAUGGUUUUGGCAAUGUUUAAUGCACCUUCCGGUGCAGCGGGAGUGACGACAAGUGGAGGCACGGAGUCUAUUCUGAUGGCCUGUCUGAGUGCAAGGCAAAAGGCAUAUGCAGAGCGAGGCGUUACUGAGCCAGAAAUGAUACUCCCGGAAACCGGACAUACAGCCUUCCAAAAAGCGGGCACUUACUUCGGCAUCAAAGUCCAUCUUGUCUCCUGCCCAGCUCCCAGCUACCAAGUUCACAUACCCUCCGUCUCCCGCCUCAUAAACAGUAACACCAUCCUCCUCGUUGGCUCCGCACCCAACUUCCCGCAUGGUAUCAUUGAUGAUAUUUCCUCCCUAUCCAAACUCGCCUUGAAGCGCAAAAUUCCGCUACACGUAGACUGUUGUCUAGGCUCCUUCCUCGUCCCCUUCCUCGAAAAAGCCGGCUUCGAGACGGAACUCUUCGAUUUCCGCCUGAAAGGCGUAACAAGCAUAAGCUGCGAUACACACAAAUAUGGAUUCGCGCCAAAGGGAAACAGCACCGUGCUCUACCGCACCGCGCUAUUACGCUCUUAUCAAUACUUUAUAUCUCCUGAGUGGUUAGGCGGCGUGUACGCUUCCCCUAACAUGGCAGGAUCCCGACCAGGUGCACUUAUAGCAGGCUGCUGGGCAAGUUUGAUGAACGUUGGUGAGAUAGGGUAUAUCAAUUCCUGCAACCAAAUCGUCGGGACCGCUAAGAAGGUUGCUGAAGCCAUCUCCGAGAAUCCGGGGCUGUGCAACGAUCUCGAAGUCAUUGGAAAGCCCUUGGUUUCAGUGGUGGCAUUUACGUCCAAAACCCUCGAUAUCUACGACAUCGCUGAUGCCAUGUCCGCUAAGGGAUGGCAUCUCAAUUCCCUUCAAAGCCCCCCUGCCAUCCAUGUCGCUAUUACCUUGCCCAUUGUGAAGGUAUGGGAAAAGCUGGUUGCUGAUUUGGAGGCUGUGAUCGAAGGCGAGAAGGAGAAGGAGAGGGUGAGGAUUGUCGAGGGCAAAGGGGCCAAGGGGAAGAGUCUAGGGGAUAGUGCGGCGCUUUAUGGUGUUGCGGGAAGCCUGCCAAAUAAGAGCGUCGUUGUAGAACUUGCGAGUGGGUUCUUGGAUACGCUUUACAAAGCCUAA